AUGUAUACAUACAGUGUCUCUGGCACCAAUUUGCACAAAUUAAAAUCCUUAGCCACAUAUUGCAAGCCAAAUAUAUCGUCUGAUCAUACUCACUUCCAACUGAUGCAGUACUCACCUGUCUCCUACCCUGUAUUAACACCCUAUGAUCCAGUCAAUGGCGUAAAACUUAAUAAUACAGCUCUUGCUAAGACCUUACCUGCGCCUCUUGAUAGCCUGAACACCUCUACCCUUCGCCGACGUUGCCAUGAUUUUAUUUCAAGGAACUUUCAACUUACUCUCCAUCAAAGGCAUAGCAAAUUAUUGUCUGUCUGUCUGCUGUCCUUCUUUGUCUCUGGAUCCCAUCCUGUGAUCACACAAUCUAACAAAGAAACACAGCAUCAAUUACAUAUAUCGCAAGACGUGGAUGACUCCAUCUCGUGUCUUCUCAAUCGACUUCCCUCUCGACCACCCAAGCCACUUCAUACACAGGCCUACUAGAGAAUACAUUGGAUUGCCAUCCAAAGAUUCCUCUAUGAAGUUGACAUGAUACAGCAUGGUGCUCCCUACGAUGAUUUAGUCCUACCUAAUCUAUCUUUAAACUCCCCUUUUCUUCUCUGACUUAGCCCAGCAUUCAUAGACUCUCCUUUCUUCCUCUUUUUCUAUCCUUUUUUCCUUCAGCCUAAGAAGUUUUUUUUUCCUCUAAAUAACAGAUUUGAACUGGUCCGGGCAAUUUUAGUAUAUAAAAUACCUGUGCUCAUUUGGAUUUUAUUUAAUAAAACUCAACUAAAAAAAAAAAAAAAAUU